CGGAGCAAUGCUCUGCCACUUCUCAGAAUGGUGCUAUGUCUCGCAAGUUCACCGGCAACACUACACCCCUGAUUUAUAAUGGUUGGAGGACUUCCGGAGUUUGACGUAACCACAGCUUUAUGAACUCAGCGGUGCAGUCAGUUGACUACAAUUUUUUUUUUACACCAUUUCAGCAGAGCAAAAGAUUUGAGGCUGAUCCAAAAUCCAAAAACCAGGUCAAAAGUGACAUCCCUGGAGGAGGCGUGUAGCUCAUUCAUAGCAAAGCAAUCAUCACCAAAGAUCAUUCUCUGUCUGCCAGACGGAUCAGUCAGGACACAGCAGGAAUAUUAUCUGUAAAGGCUUCAGUCUGCUGAAUGGUCUGCAUUCAUCUCAAAAUGGCUGUUGGGAUUGUCUUAGUUGUUCUGCUGUAUGUUAUUUCAGUAGUUUCAUCAACACGCCCGAAGGAGAAAACCGUCGUUGGAAUCAUCGGACAGCCCGUCCUUCUGCCCUGUGGUUGCUCCAAAUUGGAAACUCCCAACUACCCAACAAAAACCAGAAUAUAUUGGCAAGAUUUAAACCCCAGAGUGCUGCAUGUUUUCAAAGAUGGACAUGAGGAGUAUAACCACCAACACCCUUGGUACAAAAACAGAACAACAAUUAACACAGAUCAGUUGGCUUCUGGAAAUCUGUCACUCCUGCUCAACCCAGUUAAUGUCCGAGACAAUCGCCUGACCUGCGAUGUUAUUCUAUUAAUCAAUGGUUUAAAAUCAACAGAGUGCCAAAUCACUGUCAAUGUAGCAGCGAGUUACCAAAAGCCCAAGCUGACAUUAAACUCCACAGACAUGACGCUUGUGUGCAGCACCCACGGAGGCUUCCCUGAAUACCAGGUGACAUGGAGGACCCAUAACCGUACUCUGGAGCCUCAGGAGGCUGUCAACAAGACUACCCAGGAUCCUGGAACAGGAACCUACAACAUCAGCAGCCGAGUGAAUGUGACAGAGGGACAAAAUAUAACCUGCAGUAUCUACAACACCAUCCUCAAUGAGACCCAGAGUAACGUUAUCAUCAUAGAAGCCUCCAAAGGGGAAAACCAUUUACUGAAAUUUAGCCUGGUGGCAAUUUGUCCAUUGGUCAUAUUGUUGAUUACGGUCAUUCUCUGUUUAAAAUACCCCAACUUCAGGAAGCCAUGGAGGAAGAUGAUCCAUUGCUGUCCAGAACCUGAACCUGAAAACACUGCACAACAACCAGAAAAUGCAGAAUUGAAUCUACAACAGUAGCAAUCAACUCCCAAGCUUCUCCAGUGGUGAGGAAGACGACAAGUUACUGCGUUGCUGGUGCAUACGGCUGGACAAAAUGAGGACAUUGGUACUGAGAACAUAUUGAGAGCCAUACUGCUACCAGUAAUCUUGCAUUGAAGCUGAUAUAUGAUGCUAGUGAUCUAUGUCCAAUAUCCAGCGUUUAGGUCCAGGUGUUUAAACAAAACAUUUGACUUUCUGUAAGGAGAGAUCAAAAUGAAAAGCUAAGAUAUAUAUGACACACUUGAAUAAAAAACCCCAGACACAGAUACAGUCAAUAUACAACUGUAGACACAAAAGGUGUACUUGAACAGUGAGCCUGUCACUGAACCUGAAUGUGCUGCGGGAUAAGAAAAUGUUCUUGUCAUAAUGUAUUUUAGUAUUGUCUAUAUGUCCCAACAUAUCACAGACACAUAGACAAUGAAGAAAGAAACAAUCAAACCUCAUUCAAACUUAGACAGGUAUGGUUAGAGAUCACAGGAGGUUGGUAGAAUCUUAAUUGGGGAGGACGGCCUCAUGGUAAUGGCUGUAACGGAAUCAGUGGAAUGGUAUCAAAUACAUCAAACACAUGUUUUGAUGCCAUUCCAUUUGCUCCAUUCCAGCCAUUAUUAUGAGCCCUCCUCCCCUCAACAGCCUCCACUGAUAGAGAUUCAGGUUUUUUCUGUUUCUAACUUGCAGGUCUGUCAUUCAUCGCGGUAGUGAAUGUCAUGUCUCACUGUUAUUUAUGGCUGAGUGAAUGUCAUGUCUCACUGUAUUUUAUGGCGGGGUGAAUGUCAUGUCUCAUUGAUGGAAGCUGUUACAGUGCCUAUAGAAAGUUGACACUCCCCUUGGAUUUUUUCACAUUCUGUUGCUUUACAAAGCCUGCUCUCCUCUACAGGAUUGGUGGGUCCCCCUCGGGACGGUUGAGCUAAUGUAGGAUAGUGCGAUUAGCAUGAGGUUGUAAGUAACAAGAACAUUUCCCAGGACAUAGGCAUAUCUGAUAUGGGCAGAAAGCUUAAAUUAUUGUUAAUCUAACUGCACUGUCGAAUUACUACGCCUGCUAGCUAAAAAAGUUACCUCAUAAUGAAAGAUAAACGAUUAUAGAAUAUAAUUAUAGAAUAUAACUAUGUGAACUACAGAGCGCGGGUCGCUUGGGGGUUACCCUAUGGUAGCCCCAGUUAGAUCAGGCUACUCAACGUGUUUUAUAGUGUUUUUAUUUGUUUUGUCUUUUUUUUGGAGGGGUUUACAGGAACAGUAUAUUUCAAUUAAUAUAUUCUGUGUAUAUAACAUGUACCUGUGCGCUGCCACCCAAAAUAAAAACUAAAGUAAGAAAUACAUACAGAGAAAUGAUCAUAUUGAUCAAUAAAUAUUUUGUAAAAGUAUAAUUGAUAUGUAAAUAAACAACCUGCAACCCUG